AUGUAUCUAUAAGCUUCUUAAUAUCUUGUACUUUCAAAUUUGAGAUCUAGCUCUGAACAUAUAAUCUAUAAAGCUGAAAAUAUUUUAGACUCAGAGAUUUGUGUAAUAAAAAUUGAAAAAUCCCCUGGAAUAGGCUAAAUUAAAAAUGAAAUCGAAAUGCUUAAAAAAUUAGUUGGUAUUAUUGGUAUUCCAACACUAAAAUCAAUUGGAAUUACUUCAGAUAAUAAGUAAAUAUUAAAUUAAACAAUUUAGGUCCUUUCUUAUUAUUCCUUUAUAUCACAGUAGUUUAAGAGACCUGAUCACAUAAUAAUAGCCAUAAUUAUCAUUAUCAUAAAUACUAAGAAUUGGAUUGAGUAUUACUGAAAUUUUAGAAAAAAUUCAUUUAAGAAAUAUUGUACAUCUUGAUAUUAAGCCUGAAAAUAUUAUGCUAUCCAAACCAUUAAAAGAUUCAAACAUUUUGCAAGAUAAUGUUAUUCAAAUUAUAGAUUUUGGUUUAUCUUAAGAAUUUAAUGAAAAUUCAAGUUCUUUAAGGAAUAUGUUUAUAGGCUCAUUACAUUUUGCUAGCAGACAGUCACAUAAAGGAGAAUAGCUUGGAUAUAAAGAUGAUUUAGAGAGUUUACUCUAUGUGUUGAUCUACUUAAGAAAUCGUAUAUAUAUAUUUUUUAACUCUUAGUUAAAUUACCAUGGUCCUUCAAACCAUCUUGGGGAUGUCAGAAAUUAGAUAUUAAAAUUAUAGGCAAAAUUAAAUCAUCUCAUUUUAACACUUAAGCAUUAACUUCAAAUUUCCCUCCAUAAUUUUAGGAAAUAAUGUCUUAAAUAAAUUCAUUAAAGCAUAAUACUAUGCCUCAUUAUAAGUAUAUCAAAGAGUUAUUUAUGAUAAUGAUAAAAUAAUCUGAAUUAUCAUUUUUUUUAAUGAAGGAACGAUUUAAAUCAUAAGAUGAAUUUGAUACAUCAAUCUAGGUAGAUCAUUUUUAAGAAGAAGAAGAGGAAAGCUAAGAAGAGAUGGUUAGAUUUGAGACACAUCACUAUAUAAUCUCUAAAGAAAUUGAAAAAUAUAAGACAAAUUAAAUUAAAUCAAUAAGUGAUUUAUAAUUUUGA